ACAAAACACUUGCAACUCUUCUUCUUCCUCUUCAACAACAACAAACAACAAACAACUACACACAGCCUCUAGCAGCUUCUUCAUCUCCUCUCCUAGCUCUACAAACCCCCAAAGCUAGCUUGAUUAACCAGCAUCAAAUCAUGGGGCUCCUUCGUAGCGAUCGCACAGACAGCCUCUUCACCCCGCGUGCCGUGUGGGUGACCGGGCCCAUCAUCAUCGGCGCCGGGCCCUCGGGCCUCGCCGUCGCCGCCAGCCUCCGGGAGCAAGGCGUCCCCUUCGUCGUCCUGGAGCGCGAGAACUGCAUCGCGUCCCUCUGGCAGAACCGCACCUACGACAGGCUCAAGCUCCACCUCCCGAAGCGCUUCUGCCAGCUUCCCCGGAUGCCGUUCCCGGACAACUACCCGGAAUACCCCGACCGCGCCCAGUUCAUCUCCUACCUCGAGACCUACGCGGCCACCUUCGACAUCAAGCCCGAGUUCGGCGUCACGGUCCAGUCCGCCAAGUACGACGAGGACACCGGCGUCUGGCGCGUGCUCGCCUCGCCGGCGUCCGGGAAGUCCACCGUCGAGUACCUCGGCCGCUGGCUCGUGGUCGCCACGGGGGAGAACGCCGAGAACGUGGUUCCCGACAUCCCGGGGCUCGACUCCUUUUCCGGGGAGAUCACCCACGUCUCCGACUACAAGUCCGGGGCGACGUACCGGGGCAAGAAGGUGCUCGUGGUCGGCUGCGGGAACUCGGGUAUGGAGGUCUCCCUCGACCUCUGCGACCACGGCGCGUCCCCGUCCAUGGUUGUCCGUGACGCCGUCCACGUCCUUCCCAGGGAAUUCCUGGGCAAAUCGACGUUCGAGCUCGCGACUUUCCUCAUGGCGUGGUGCGUCCCGCUGUGGUUCGUCGACAAGGUCAUGGUGUUCCUCUCGUGGCUCGUGCUGGGAAACCUUGCACGCUUCGGCAUUCGGCGCCCGGCCGUCGGCCCGCUGACGCUGAAGAACACGCACGGCAGGACGCCCGUGCUCGACACGGGCGCCAUGGCCAGGAUCAAAUCCGGCGACAUCACCGUCGUGCCAGGGGUGGCCAGGUUCACCAAGGCCGGCGCCGAGCUCAGCAACGGCACGGAGAUUGACGUCGACGCCGUGGUCAUGGCCACCGGCUACAAGAGCAAUGUUCCCAGGUGGCUGGAGAGCGGCUUGUUCGGCAAGGACGGAUAUCCGACCACCGCGUUUCCCAACGGGUGGAAGCUCGGUGAAUCCGGGCUUUACUCCGUUGGGUUCACCCGCCGUGGACUCUCCGGCGCCUCUGCAGAUGCCGUUCGCAUCGCCGGUGAUAUCGGGAAGGUGUGGAAGGAAGAGAACAAGCCGACGCAGAGAGCCGCCGGAGCCGGCCACCGCCGGUCGAUCUCAGUCAUCUUCUAAUCACCGGACUACUGCGACGACUAACCAGACACAUGCAUGGCGUGCAUGCAUCGGCAUCGAUCCCCUUGAUUGCUUCGUUGUUCAUUCGUUCUUUUGUACUGCGUGCGUGUGUGUGUGUGAAAAAAAUUUGUAGGUUAAUUAAUCAGUAGGGAGAUGAUUAUAUAUAUAUAUACUAGUAGGGGUAGAAAAGUGAAAGAAGGUGGAGCCCUCUCGUCAGUGGGGCCCUAGGGCCAGGAUUUUUCAACUGCAGCUAAGGGGCGCCGCAUGGUCACUGGUGUACAGUACUCAGUCAGAGGCUUUGGCUUUAAUUACCCGGUGACGAAGGAAGAGGCUCUUGUCCAUUCACCUUCUUUCUUAUGUAACAAUAUAUACUUUCAUUUGUUCUUCUACUACUGCUGCUGCCUUCUUCUAUAUGUAACCCCUUUUGAUCCCAGUGAAUAUACAUGUUGACUAGUGCAAUAUAUA